AGAGAACAUUUCAUCAACAUAUACUUUGUAAUUGUCAUAUUGAAAGAUACGAAAUGACAACUGAUAAUAAUCCUUCAAAUUGUGUAAACAAUUCACCAAUAUCUAUUAAACCAUCAAUGGAUAGAUUGCCAAAAUGUUCUAUAACAGAUUUUUAUUACUUAUUGCGUUUAUUUAUAUCUGAAUUAAUUGGUACUGGGACAUUAUGUUUUGUUGCUGUAUUAUAUAGUUUUCCACCAACUAUUAAUCCAGUAUCUGAUUGUAUUAUUGUAUUUUUUACAUUUUCUUGGAUUGUAUGGAUAUUUGGACCGAUAAGUGGAGCACAAAUUAAUCCAAUAGUAACUAUUGCAUUCUUUAUUACAAGAAAAAUAACAAUAAUACAUACUAUCCUAUUUAUAAUAUCACAAUUAGUUGGUGCAAUUUUAGGCGCAUUUAUAGCUAGAAGUUUAUUGCCUAAUGAUUUAACACAAUUAAAUAAAAUUGGUUUAGUUAUGAAAAAUCCAUUAAUAUCACAAGGUAACGCUGUUGGAUUUGAACUUUUUGGUGGAUUUGCAAUUGUAUUAGCUAUUCUAGCUACAACUGAUGAAUUUCGUCCAAAUAUAUGGACAGCUGGAUUAUUUACUAGUUUACCAUUUCAAAUGGGAGUUGUUCAUGCCCUAUUAGUUGGAAUAUUAGUAAGCUAUUUAAUAAUUCAUAUUAUUUAUAAAUUAUUCAUAAUAAUUGUAUUCAAUUGUAGCCUGACAUACUAAUAGUAUUUUUGAAAUCAUAUAUCACUUAAAUAUUGUUUUCAUAUAAAAAUCAAAAAAUAGUCUAGUAAACAGAUACGUUUAUAUGCUUAUUAAACUAGAUGUCAUCUUGUAGACUAAAAGUGACAUGUUUUCUGAUAAUCUUCGUCUUCUUAUUACAUUAUCGGGAUUGAAAUGUUUUACUUCAUGUGUAAAAGUUCUUUUUUUUAAACUAUACAAACCAAAAAAUUAACUGAAUCGGAACAGAAUCGUCUAUAGAAAAUUGUUAAUACAAAACAGUAACCAAUUUUAUUGUUACUUGCUUACUUACUUACGUCUGUUACUUCUAAUGGAGCAUAGGCCGCAGACCAGCAUUCUCAAACCCACUCUGUACUGGACCUUUUCUAGUUCCAUCAAAUCCUUGUCUUUCUCCAUUUCCCGGUGUAGUGUAUUCUUUGGUCUUCCUCUCCUACUUUGACCUUCAGGAUUUCGAGUGAGGGCUUGCCUUGUGCCACAGUUGUGUGCUUUCCUCAAUCUGUUUACUAUCCACUUCCAGCUCUUCUUCCUGAUUUUUUCUUUCACUGGGAUCUGGUUUGUUCUUUCCCACAGUAGGUUGUUGCUAAUAGUGUCCGGCCAACGGAUCCGAAGUAUUUUACGAAGACAGCUGUUAAUAAACACUUGUAUCUUCUGGAUGAUGGAUUUCGUAGUUCUCCAGGUUUCCGCCCCAUACAGUAGAAAUGUCUUGAUAUUUGUAUUGAAAAUUUUAUUGUACAAACCUUGUAACUACUCAUCAGUAAUAUAAUCUACACAUUAAUGUUCAAAUCCUCAAGUAAAUGUAUGUACGAUUCUACAGCUUUAGUAAUCGAUAUCUUCGACAUGAAAAUUAUCUUCGCUGGAAUAUCUUCAUUCUUUUUAAAUGUAACUACUCGAUCAUCAAACUUAUAUAAAUUGUACAUUAGUAAAAGGAAGUCACUUUUAAUUAAAAAAAUGUCGGUAUGUUGAUUGAAAUUUAAUUAUUAUAUCAUAACUACUUAAAUUAUGAUACUUUUAAAUUAGUUAUAGUUGUCAUGUGCAUUUUCAACGUCCAAGUAGUAUCUGUAAUCUAUUGAGCCAUAAUAUUUUUGUCACGAUUUAAUAAAUAUAUAAAUCUUACCCAAGUAAUAUAACAUUACGGUGUUGAUACGUUAUUUCAUUGGAACACUGAACUUGACAUAAAAUUGAAUGUAAUUUUAACUAAUAAGAGAACUUCUUUAAGGACAAAUGUCUUGCACUCUACAUUGUCAGUACAUAAGACCUAUGUGACAGUUAUUACAACAUACAAUAUUAAGUUUAUAGUUGAAAAACUACUCAAUUUUGUCGAAUGAUUAUGUGAAGAACUUGUUCUGGCAAUAAUCUCUAAGUAGUUGCAUUAUUGUGUAAUUACUGAAGUUUGCCAUUAAUGAGAUAAGUAGCAACUGAUGUUCAUUCUUUAUUCCAUCCAGCAAGCGAAUGAACUAUUUUUUUCUUAACAGAAGAACUGAAUUAGUUGAAGGUUAACAUAUAUUUGAGUGAUUUGGCGAUUAAUAAUGAUAUAUUUAAACUCAUUAUUCUAAGUGAAUGGAUUUAAAGCAGACGAAUAAAAGGCCAAUUGACUGACUUCAAAUUAAUUUUAUGAGAUAUUAAGCCAUGAGAAAAGGAUACGAAUAAAAAAAUUAGUAUGAAUUAUCGGUCAGAUAGUACAUAAUAAGGAGUUAGUUUUCAUUAUGACUAGUUGUCUUUUGAAAAAUCAAUUAAAGUCCAUUUGAUUAAAUACUUCUUAACAUUGUGCGUAUUCUACUUUAAACUGGGUCGAACUCACAAACUUCAGUUUAUGUGAUGAAUACUUGAUCAAAAAUACAGAAAUCCAUAUUUUAGCUUCAUUUAAUUUAAAUAACAGAUUGUUGUAGGGAUUGCUGAGUUUGAAGAAAAAGUUAUCCGUUGAUCCUGAUUUUUCAGUGGUCAAUCUAUGAUUAAAACUUUUAAUUUACCAAUCUCAAAACCUCAUAAUAACAACCAUAAUGUGCUUACCAGUUAACUCCAGAUUGGUCUCUUUUAAGGUUAUUGCCAGUCUGAAGCUUGGAAAAAGGAGGAGGCUUGGUCACAGGGUUGGUUAUUUAGGAAAAAAGAACCUUGCUAAAAUGAACAUUAAAAGUCGCUUACUACUGACUAAAUUUGAAAGGCAGUAUCCUGAGUUCGAGUGAGAAGCUGUGACCAGUCAAGUUCAUUCAUGUCGCAUGUGAGAGAAAUGUCAUUUUCGAUAAUGGAUAGAAGUCAUAUAAUAUUGUGAUUUCACAUAAUUUAGGUAUUAAAAUCAAUGGACUUCAACUUAUUUAAAGGUUGAGGGCUCAUUACAAGGAAUAAAGGUUUUGAGUUAUGUCCUUGUUGUGGUCACAGAUGUAUAUUACUAAAAUGUCCCAUAUUAGGACAUAAAAUCUGUUCAGUGCCUCUUGUUUUUUAAAGGUUGUGUAAACAAAGUCAGCCAGUGAUGCGAAACUUCAAAUUCAUUUAAUUUGUGAUAUUACUUAAUUUAUACUUCUAGUUUUAAUUGUGUUUUCAAUCAUUUUUCAUCGUGAAAAUUCCUUUCGUACUUUAUGAAGCCUUAAAAAAUUUAUUCUAUUCAUUGAUAAACAAAUGAAAGGUUAAAAAUGUGAACCUAUUAAAGAGCCUUCAACCAUUUUGUUAUUAUCAUACUGAAAAAUGAAUUCGUGUUAGUUAAGUUUACUUCUGUGUUUAGAUUUAGGUUUGUAAAGUUCAGUUGGAAAAUUGAUUACUACCCAUUGUGUAAACACAAAAAGGAAAUAGACAUGAGUUUGUUGAAAAGAGACCUCUUUGUUGAAUUCCAUUAUGUCAAAAUUCAUAUCAAAAUUAACAAACUCAUAUCUAGAGUUAACACUAGGCAGUACAAUAAUCAAAAAGAUGUCUUAUUAGAAAACAUUAAAAGAAAGGUGUUCUCAGUUAGCUCAUCGUUAAAAUAAUAUUGUUAAUAGUGAUUAUUGCAUUGAUAAGCAUUAGACUUACCAAUAAGUUAUGCAUGUCAGUAAUUUGAUUAAAAAUAAGUUAAGAAUUUGUUUCUGUCAGUUGUGUUUUCAUGGGUUUUAGUAGUAAAACUUUUAUUGUUCUUAUCAAUGAUAUGAAAGUUAAGGAAGUAUACACUUAGUAUCUCACUCUGAAGUCGAUCUUUUAAAUUCUAAAAUUCUAUCAGAUUUUUACCAGAUUUUCAUAAGUUUUCUAAAUAGUUUCCAGACUGUGUUGUUUUAACUUAAAUAUAUACCAACAAGCCGUAACAUAGUCCAUUAGUGCUAAAACAUCAUAACUGGUAUGAAUAUCAAACUAUAUAACUUGUCAUCAGUAGAUUUCACGAUCAUUAAACUGAAAGUCAUCACACUGAACUUUCUACUUCAGAAAAGAGAUUUUUCCAAGUUUAUAUUUGUCAAGUCAGUGACAAGGAUCGAUAAAACUCAUUAACAGACAUAUUCUUACUGAUUUACGAACAACUUGAUAUUUAUUAUAAUUCUAAUAAACAGUAUAUUUUAUAUAUUAAAAGUGAUGGAAACUGUUAAUUGGUUGUAAUAUUUGCCUAACUCCGAUUUCAGUAGAUUGGAAAUAACUUAUGUUGUCAUUAUAAAUUAUUUGUUUCUCAUCAAUUUAGUGACAGUUAAUGAUUUUUGUUUAGGCUAGAUAUUCUGGAGCUGGUUUAAAUCCUGCACGAUGUUUGGGUACAGCUGUCGUUGCAAACGACUUCACUGACUUGUGGGUAUAUCUUGUUGGUCCAUUAUGUGGUUCCUUAAUUGCUGUAAUUCUUUAUGAAGUAGUCUUGUCACAUGGUGUUUCUUUACAUAGACUAAAAGCUUGGUUGACCAAUCCAAAUUUCGAUCGCAAUGUGGAUUAUACUUCUAGAAAUGAAGUAUUUAGUGAUUAAGAAAGAAUGUAAAAUCAUAUUGUCCACUGAUCAACCAAAAAGAUAUUUGUACAUAAUAAUCGAAACGAUUGUCAUGUAAACACUCACAAACUAAACAAAGUAGUUAUAUUUUAUCUUUAAUGUUGUCACACAUGCACAGAUAUUAGUUAAUUUC